AAAUGGUCUGGCUUAAAAAGAAAAAAUUAAACAUAAAGCAGGCUGUUAUGGUACACACCUGUAAUCCCAGCGUUUAGCAUGAUUAGGCAGGAUUGAGAGCAGCUGGGUGAUUCCUAUACUCAGAGAGGGACGGAAAAUGCUAGGGCAGGCUAUGUGUUAGUUCUAAUUUGCCCAUGUUUGGUAGUAAGAGCCUUACUAAAUCCUCAGCAGGUGAAGACAAGAGUAAAACUCAGCCAGGGUAAAAGCCACCCAGGGUAAAAGAUCGUUUCCUCCCCAUUUUAGUAUUAUCUCUAACAUAAGGCAGUCACAUGGGCGGCUUUAUGCAUGAACUCCCACUAUCUUCUUGUUAGGAGGUUCUUCAGUGACUAUAGAACAAGGAAUUCACUAUAUUAGAUGAAUUACGAGAAACUAACAGGCUUCAUGAAAACCACCCCCCUCUCCCCCCAUGAGAAUCCAUAUUACUUCAAUUCUGCAAUCAAGGGCCUAAUUCAUAAAAGGAAGCACAGAGACCUGCUGACUCCCUGCCUACAGACGCUGCGUCUUGAAAGAUCUCUGGCUGCUUUGGAAAAAACAUUUUCUGACAUUUGUUUGCUUACUAAAAAGCUACCUGUUACCAGGAAAACAACCAUAAUGUAUCGACCUCUCCAAAUGUACAGUUCCAGCAGCCAGCUAAACAGAAGGGAGGAGGAGCCUGUUUGCCCAUGUCUCUCUGGCUCCUCUUUCACUGAAUGGGUACUUAUCAUCAUCAUGGGUGUGCUGGCUCUGAUUCUGGGAAUAGUUCUCCUGACUCACCACUCCUCUGACCGGGUGACUUUCUCUGCUGGAGUAUCCAUGACGGCUGCAGGCUUUAUUUUUGUUGUCCUUAGUGUUGUGCUAGUUGUCCAUAAAGACAAUGAGAACUGGAGGAGCACAGCACUGAUGCCCAGACUGGAGGCAGGAAGGAGGGCAGAGAGCUCCUUCUACAUCUCCCAGCCUUUGGUGUUGGCCAGCACCAAACUGUAACUCUGCACUGAACUUCAUACCCCAGGCCCUCUGAACUUUUAAAUCUUCUGAGCAUUAAAAAAAAAUAAAAUAAAAUUUCUUUUAAUGUUGUGUUUCCUAAUAAAGAACAACACCCAACAGUGAGAGCUUAUUUUCUGAUUUUGUAAUGUGCCCAUUCUCUGUGGCACAACAGUGCUCUGAAGAGACAUAAUGGCUUUUUUCAGUUUUUGUCAUCAGGCCAGUCAGCAUCCUCAGGAGCUGUGCCUUCCUGCCCCUCAUUCUCUUAGAAUCACUGAAGACCUAGCUGCAUCUCUCUGGUUUUUCACAUUGACUCAUGCAAUUUUCAGCACAUAUAGUGGUAACCCAAAUGACUCAAGAUUGGUGGCAUCUAAGGUUGAGCAUGGUGGUGCAUGCCUUUAA